GCAGAGCGGAGUCAUGGAAACAUCGUGUUUCUGAUUGCCGAAGAAGAACCUGCUUGGCUGAGCAAAAUGGCUGACGUUGAGAUGGACAUCAUGUCCAGUAGAAUGAAUAAUGGAAACGAGCACGUAAAGCAAGACCUGGAAACACAUGACAGAAGUGGAAAUGAAGACAGCGGAGACUUGUCGGAAGAAGAGGGUGAAGAGGAGCAGGAGCAGGCUGGAACUAACGGUGAGAAGACUGAGGAAGGGUCCAAACAUCACAGCAGCAGCAGCGGGAAACACAAGAGGAAAAAACACAAGCAUCGCAGCAAGCACAAAAAACACAAGCAUGCAUCCGAGGAGGACAAGGAGCGCAAACGCAAGCAUCGUCACAAACGUCGGAAACACAAACGCAAAGAGACAUCCUCGCCCACCGGGGAUGUCUCCUUUGGCUCUGCUAGCAACAGGAAGUUGGAAUCUUCUCCAUCCUCGGGAAAUCCCAGUCUGGAUGACCGAGCCGUGUUGGAGGAUCUGGAGAAACAGAGGGCUAUGAUCAAAGCUGAACUUGACAGCCAGCUGAUGGAGGGAAAGGUUCAGUCUGGCAUGGGUUUGAUCCUUCAGGGUUAUAACUCUGGGUCUGAGGAGGACGGGGAUGCAAGGUUUAGAAAUGGAGAACAGCGUCCAAGAGGCAGCUCAGGUAAACUCGUAUCCCCCAGAGGGGAAAAAAGCGUGAAAUCUAGAAAAGACUCAACAGAUGGCAGCAAAGCUAGUUCUAAGCGUCGCAGUCGGAGUAAGUCUGCAGAAAAACCCACCAAGGAGACUAAGCCUGAAAAGGGUACCAAAAGCAGCAAAGAAGCUGCUGUUAAAGACCGAGGACGCGCGAGGAGCAGAUCAAAAGACAGAAAACAGUCAGGCAGCACAGAUCGCUUUAAGGAGAAAAGGAGGUCUAAUUCUCCCAGCGUAAGGAAUGAACAAAAAGUCAGUCGCUCUGACAAACGUUCUUCUCCGCAGCGAGAAGACAGACCAAACCAAGAGAGACCGAGCAGACGGUCUAAAUCACCUGUACGAGAACGGCCGAGUCGAUCAGAAGCGGACCGGGACAAGCGGCCUGCGAAAUCCCCCUCUAAGGACACCUCACUGGGAAAAGAGAACCGAUCUCCUCAUAGACGAGGGCCCCACAGCCCGACAAGGAAACGCAGCGCUUCCCCCCGCCACAGAGAUGGCCACCACACCUCUGCUAGUGCCUCAGACAGGACUAAACAUUCUCCAUCCAGAAGGUCCCCGCCUAGGAGAGCACGCAGCCGCUCGCCAGAAGCCAGGAGGAGGGAGGCAGAGAGGCAGGACUCACCUGUGAGAAAGCGAUCUCGAGCUGACGGCGGACUACUCAGAGACAGAUCGAGGGAGAAGAGUCCCAGGUCUGCUUCCCGUCGCAGAAUUAGCCGCUCCCCUCUAAGAAGGAGGUCUCCUUCACCACCACGACGCUCUCGCUCCUCACCCCGAAGGCGAAGCAGGUCUCCACUUAGACGCAGGUCUGGUGAGAGAGACAGGUAUGGAAGACUCCGUCAGUAUCGGCGCUCAACUUCGAGGGAUCGAGAGAGGAGAAGACGGCGUAGCCGAGAUGAAGAUAAGUUUAAAGGAAGCCUUUCAGAGGGGAUGAAACUUGACCAAGAGUCCUCAGACGAUGAAAUGUUGGAAGACUUUGAAGGUGAGGAGAUUGAUGAAGAAGCUCUUAUUGAGCAGCGUCGUCAGCAGCGCAUGGCCAUUGUCCAGAAAUACAAGACUGCAAACGAGGAGAACAACAUGGUGUCUGAGCCAAACAGCCCCCAGAGCAGCACACGUAGCCGAUCGCCCUCACCCGAUGACAUCUUGGAGCGAGUCGCUGCAGAUGUCAAGGAGUACGAGAGGGAGAAUCUCAACACGUUCGAGGCCAGCAUCAAAGCAAAGCACAACCUCAUCGCCCAGGAGAAAGACGCAGCCAACCCAAAGAAGCCGUCAGCUCCCGAUAUGUUUACAGAGUCUGAUGACAUGUUUGCUGCUCAUUUCGAUAGUGCCAGAAUGAGAGCAGCAGGUGUUGGAAAAGACUUCAAGGAGAAUCCUAACCUCAGGGACAACUGGACCGACGCUGAGGGAUACUACAGGGUGAACAUCGGUGAGACCCUGGACAAACGUUAUGAUGUGUACGGCUACACAGGCCAAGGUGUGUUUAGUAAUGUGAUCAGAGCCAGGGACACUGCCAGGGCUGGCCAGGAGGUGGCAGUCAAGAUCAUCCGAAACAACGAGCUCAUGCAGAAGACGGGUUUGAAAGAGUUAGAGUUCCUCAGGAAGCUGAACGACGCUGACCCCGAUGACAAGUUCCACUGCCUUCGCCUUUUCCGCCACUUCUACCACAAGCAACAUCUUUGUCUUGUUUUCGAGCCCCUAAGCAUGAAUUUGCGAGAGGUGUUGAAGAAAUACGGCAAAGACGUGGGGCUCCACAUCAAAGCUGUGCGUUCGUACAGCCAACAGCUCUUCUUGGCUCUCAAGUUGCUCAAACGAUGCAACAUCCUCCAUGCUGACAUCAAGCCAGACAACAUCCUGGUGAACGAAUCCAAAACCAUCCUGAAGCUCUGCGACUUUGGAUCUGCAUCACAUGUUGCUGACAAUGACAUCACACCAUAUCUGGUCAGCCGGUUUUACAGGGCUCCGGAAAUUAUCAUAGGAAAGCCUUACGACUACGGCAUCGACAUGUGGUCCGUCGGCUGCACUUUAUACGAGCUGUACACCGGCAAAAUCCUGCUUCCCGGUUCUUCUAACAAUCACAUGCUCAAACUGGCCAUGGACCUCAAGGGCAAGAUGCCCAACAAGAUGAUCCGUAAAGGCUUGUUCAAAGACCAGCACUUCGAUCAGAACUUGAACUUCCUGUACAUUGAAGUAGACAAAGUGACUGAGAGGGAGAAAGUGACUGUGAUGAGCACCAUCAACCCCACCAAAGACAUGCUGGCAGAACUGAUAGGCGGUCAGCGACUGCCUGAGGACCAGAGGAAGAAGGUCAUGCAGCUGAAGGACCUGUUGGAGAGCACGCUGAUGCUGGACCCGGCUAAACGCAUCAGCAUUAACCAGGCUCUGCAGCACCCCUUUAUCCAGGAGAAAAUCUAACAGCUGAAAUGCCGCAUACACUCCGAGAGCCGAGGGGACAGACGCAACCACUAAACCAGCUCUGUAAGGGACUCAGCAGCGAGGCCACUGACCUCUACAAACUUACAGAAUGUUUUUGUCUUUUUUUUUUUUCCCUGUUCUACGUUACGUGUUGGAUUGUAAAUAGAUCACUGAAACGGUAGCCAUUCUCCACGCUUAUUUUUUCAUUUGGUUUACCCCUCAUACACUGAAAUGCAGGGAGACUUUAUUUAACUGGGACUGGAGUUACAGAUGUUUGAAAUAAAACUAUAAUUCCUGUACAUACUUUGUCUAUUGCAUCAACAUCAUCAAGCAGCAGGCAGUUGAACUUUGUCGUAGAACCAGACGUCACAUUUUUUUUUUUUUUACACUGCAUUGCUACCUGUGGGACAAUGCAUGCUUUCUGAAUGUGCACCUUCUGUACUCCGUAUGUGGUGCCAGCCUGUGUAAAUGCUCUGUGUCUGCAAAUCCCGUGUCCCACAUGUAAGAGCAAACCGUACCAACAUCAUCCCACGCCCUCACACACCAACACCUGAACCGAAGGAAAAAAAUGCAGAACAUGAAUUGUUGAUUAAUCUUACAUUUCUGGAUUGUUUUUGGUUUUUAACCGUUUUCCUUCCUCCUCCUAGACUCUGGCUACAUCCUGGCUCUAAAGGCUCUCACAUUCAAGUGCCUCCUGUAUGAGCCGUGUGUUUUUAACGCCAAACAAUUUUGGCCUGUAAAAACCACACCAGUUGCCACCCCUUCCCCAGAUGUUGUGUAUAUAUAGUCCACAGGUAACUGUCCUUUCCUGUAUCUUUGAUUUCUUUCUUUACAUCCAGUGGUAAAACCAAUCUUGUGAUUUCAAUAAAUGAUAGUUGUGGAAACGCUGCCGUAAGAGCACCUUCAAUAUCAAAUUGCUUUUUAGUAAUAAAAUGUUUCCCAAUAUGU